AUGAGCCCACUGGAAGAAUGGUUUCCAUAUUGGAGCUUAGAUUUGCAUCCUGCAAGAUUAGACAAGUCUCAAGAAGUUCGCCGCCUUAGAUUUUGUCACCUGUAUGCUUGGGGAUUUUCUUUCCUCAUUGCUGGAUUAGGCUUGCUUUUUGACAAGUUGCCAAAUUCACACACUGGAUUUGUUCGUCCUCGUUUUGGUCAACAGCGAUGUUGGUUUGCUGAUGAUACUGAAAUUUUUGUGUACUUCUUUGUGCCAAUGGGCAUUACUCUAACUAUCAAUUUAAUUUUGUUUGCUCUAACUGCAAGAGCUUUGACUUGUGGAUUAUGGAAACAAGAAGUUGUGAAGGCCAGCACAGAAAGAGCUACUUUAAGCAGAGUUUGUUUAAAACUUGUGGUGGUAAUGGGACUGACAUGGGUCAUGGACAUUAUCUCAUGGGCUGCAGGUGGGCCAAAUUAUCUUUGGUACUUUACUGAUCUGGUGAAUGCCUUGCAAGGAGUGUUCAUAUUCGCUGUAGUAGGCUGCCAGCAACAGGUGUGGGCAGCUGUGAAUAGGUUGUGGUGCUGGUACAUUCCUCGAGCUGGCUCUUCAGCCACCGGACAACAUGUCUCGACAUACUCCCAAGGACUACCCUCAUUGGGGGAAUCAGUCACACACAGUCACUUGCAUAAAAGUGUUCCUUUGGAAACGAUGUGCUGACCAUGUUGUACCAGAAGGUACUCCUUCAUCUUGAAGUUCCUAUGAUCCAAUGAGACUGAGACAUUUGUUUUGUAUUUUAACUAUGAACAUUAAAUGUACAGAUGUUUUAAUGCAUGGAAUUGCUGUGACCAAUGCAAGUACAACGAUACAUUUAGGUUAAGCUGACUAUUAGUUUUAGAAAGCAAGGAGUUGUGAACAUUUCCAUGAUAGUUGUGUAUCUUUCGUCCUAUUUAUUUAGUGUAUUGAUUGUAGUUGAAUAUCCAUUAAUACACUUACGCAUGCUAAUGAAUUAUGUUCAGAUAAAAAACUUGUACAUCUAGAAUAGGCUUUUUUUGUAAAUAUUAGUGUUAAUUUGAACAUUGCAUUUAGAAUAUUAGAGAAUAUUUGGAUUGAAUAGUUCACAUUCAUACUAUUAUUAUAUGUAAUGUCUGUGGUCUGACUUCAGUCUUCUGUAUAUAGAAGUAUUUUGAACCAUUUAUUUUAGAACUAGAAGUCAUUGUGCUUGCUUUAUUUUAUUUGCUCUAUGAGUAGACAAUAACUGAUUAUGAAAGUUACCUCAUGAAACUUGUUGCCUUGGUGUUCCUUUCUUUCUAGCUAGAUGAAACUUUUUGUGAUGAACUUACUCUUCGAUCAUUUGAUGAUUCAUUUCACAUAGGGCUAUUGUGAAAAGAAUAUCACUAUAAUUCUCUAAAAAUUUUUUAUAUAAUUGAAAAUAAUUUUUAUAUGUAUUUAAUGCUCAAGUAAGGGAAGAAUGUCUUCCAAAACAUAAUGGAGUGGAAAAAGAUCAUUCCUGGAAAAUUUAUUUUUAUGCACUUUUUCAUUUAUCUGAUUACAAUUGAAGAUCUUGCUAAAAUUAGUUUCUCAUUUUAAAGUAGCUUGUAACUGAAUACUGGGUUCUGCCCAUUGUUUUUGUGUAUUAUUUGAAAGUGUGAUAUUUAUCUCCACUUCUUUUUGCCAUUACUUGUUACUUAAAUAUUUAUUGAAAGAAAAUGAUGUAAGAUCUUGGGAAAUACAAUUGUAUACCAUUUCAUAUUGAAUUACAUAUAAAGGUAAAAUGAUACAUCAAUGAGACUUGCUUAAAAAAGAUUGUAAUGGAGGUACACAAAUAACAUUUUUUCCUCUGAGAAAAAGUGUAACAAAUUAAAAUAUGAUUUCUGUCUCCAUGGAAAUAUUACUUGUACCUCAAUUUGCACAUUGACACUAUAUCAAACAAUAUAAUUUGUAUUAUUUAAUAUUGGCCGAAGAAAGUUUGUUUCAUUGCUGAGGAGACUGCCAAAGACAAUUGUUACCAUGCUACGUUCAGAUGCAGUAAUGUUCAACAUGUAAAAGAGUUUAAAGUUAGCGUAAUAGAAACUGUAGAGCACUACUGCAUGUAAGAACACACAUCAGAAUUAAAUCUGGUGAUAUUCUGUCUUGAGUACACAUUCUGCAUUUCCUUGUUUGAGCUUUUUUGUUAUGGGAUGAUUGAUAAGUGUCAUGUGCAGUUUUCAUUUCUAAGCUGGCUCAUAUGUUAAGCUUUAAUAUCCUAGACAUAUUUUACAUUUAUGCCAAAUACUGUAUAUAUACGAAAAGUGAGAAUCUACUUUUUGAUUACUUGUAAUUAUUCAUGAAAACAUACAACGAUACACUAGCAAGUGAUCUCAGAUGUGUGUAGUCAAUAGUAUGAUAUAUUUUUGUAUGUAAACAUGCAUGCUGAAACAGUAUUAGAAAACAAUAAAUUUAAUUUUGCUACCAGACUGUUUGUUUUUAAUGAGUAACUUCCAAAGACAAAAGUAAUUUCUUGAAAUU